UGCGGUGGACUCUCACAUAUAAGUCACACACAUACUCUGUACUCGAACUCUCUUUUACACUGUCACAUCCAAAAUAAAGCAUUCUGUGGAUGGUAAUAAUGUAGCUUUGGAGAGAAAAUCUGGACACCUGGACCUGAAGAACAGUUAGAUGGGACAGUGAGAGAUGGUUUUGAGGUUGAUCUUCAGUGAACAGCCACUUUGGAAGAUUCUUAUAUUCUGCCAGCUAUACUCUGCGGUCAGCCGGCAUUCUGUAAUUGCCAGCAAUUGUGACGAUGGGCAUGACGUGUUUGCCAAAGUGAAAGAGAACAGCCUGAUGGGAACUUUUAUUGCCAACCUCAGCUUCAAUGCACAGCCAUCAUCAUCCAAUCAUUUGCACUUAAAACUUUCUGGAAAAGAUGCUGAUUGGUUUUAUCUGGAGGGAAGAACCAUAAGACUGAACUCAACAUCAACUAGGAUUAUUGAUAGAGAGAUACACGGCUCAGUUUUAACAGCAUCUGUAAGGUGUUACGAACAUAAAGCCCUACAGGCUGAACACAGGAUCUUGGUAGAGGUUCUGAAUGAGAAUGACAACAAACCCGAGUUCCUACAAAGAUCAGUUCAACCCCUGCAGCUCAGCGAGUUGACAGCGGUGAACUCUGUAGUGUUUACAGUCCAGGCCACAGAUGCUGAUGGAGACACACUCACAUACGUCAUCGAUGAAACAUCACCUGAUGCCAGGUAUUUUCGAGUGGACUUACCCAACAGUGGCAAAGUGGUUCUCAACAAGCCAUUGGACUAUGAGAUCAAAACUCAGCUCCGACUGACUCUUUAUGCAGUGGAGACGAACACAAAUGAGCAUUACAACACAACGGCAACAAUAAUCAUCAAUGUGAUAGAUGGGGACGACCAGUACCCACAGUUUCAGCCUUGCACUCUUCUCUCAGCCAAUCACAGCAACCGAAUAUGCGCCAAUCCUCUGUACACUGCCAACAUCACAGAGAACGAGCAGGACAUUGUCUUGGAUUUCUUUCCGGGUCCGAUUCAAGCUGUGGAUGGUGAUGAGGGUCUCAGAACACCAGUAAAGUACACCAUCCUGUCAGGGGCAGAUAAUGGCAGAUUCGUCAUUGACAGUAAUUCUGGAGAGGUGAGGUUAACCAGACGUGUGGAGAACAGACUGCUGAUCCCGACACUGAGACUACGUGUUAUGGCAGCUCAGACGGAUGACCCUCUGAAAUAUGCAGUGGCCACAGUUCUGGUGAGGGUCCUGGCAGAAAACAGGUUUCCGCCACAGUUUAGUCGUUCAACAUACCAUGGCUUUGUCAGCGAGAGAGCAAAUCCUGCCUCACUCGUCAUGACAUACGGCAAUAAAUUACUUAUCCUGGAGGCCACGGAUCAAGAUUUCACUGAGGGCUUCAAUCCCAGACAGCAGUAUUCUCUAAACUCCCAACACAACAGCUCUCAGCUCUUUUACAUUACACAAGAAGGACUGCUCAUCGCUAAAACCAGCCUGCUACACCCCGGCCACAAAUAUUUUCUAGAGGUAUUACAUAAGACUAAAACACUUCAUGAUUUAAAAAAAUACUACUUCAGUCUUUCAACUUCAAUAUUUUACAUUCAAUUCAAUGUGUUAAUUACUUUCUCUUUGUAUUUAUUUGUACAUUUUUUAUAG